AUGGCUACGCCUCCCCGGGUCAUCGUUGUCGGUGGCGGAUUGUCCGGUCUCAGUGCCGCCCACACCGUCUAUCUCAACGGUGGAAACGUUCUCGUUCUCGAUAAGCAGGCCUUCUUCGGUGGCAACUCCACCAAGGCCACCUCCGGUAUCAACGGUGCCCUCACUCGUACCCAGGUCGAUCUCGGCAUUCAGGAUAGCGUCAAGACGUUCUACGAAGAUACCCUCAAGUCCGCUCGUGACAAGGCUCGUCCCGAGCUCAUCAAGGUCCUCACAUACAAGUCCGCCGCCGCCGUCGAAUGGCUGCAGGAUGUCUUCAACCUCGACCUGACUCUCGUCUCUCGUCUGGGUGGUCACUCCCAGCCCCGUACACACCGUGGCCACGAUGCCAAGUUCCCCGGCAUGGCCAUCACCUAUGCCCUGAUGCAGCGCCUCGAAGAGCUUGCCGAGGCUGAGCCCCACCGCGUGCAGAUCGUCAAGAAGGCCCGCGUCACUUCCAUCAACAAGUCCGGAAACCAUGUCACCGGUGUGACCUACGAGCGCGAUGGUCAGUCUCACUCCGCCGACGGUGUCGUCGUCCUGGCCACCGGUGGUUACGCCGCCGACUUUGGCGAUGGCUCCCUUCUCAAGCAGCACCGUCCUGACACCUUCGGUCUGUCCUCCACCAACGGCACUCACGCCACUGGUGACGGUCAGAAGAUGCUCAUGGAGAUCGGUGCCAACGGCAUCGACAUGGAUAAGGUCCAGGUCCACCCCACCGGUCUCGUCGACCCCAAGGACCCCACCGCCAAGUUCAAGUUCCUGGCUGCUGAGGCCCUCCGUGGUGAGGGUGGUCUCCUCCUGAACUCCGAUGGCCAGCGCUUCUCCGAUGAGCUGGGCCACCGUGAUUACGUCUCAGGUCAGAUGUGGAAGGAGAAGGAGAAGGGCAAGUGGCCCAUCCGCCUCGUCCUCAACAGCAAGGCCUCCAAUGUCCUCGACUUCCACACUCGCCACUACUCCGGCCGUGGUCUCAUGCGGAAGAUGACUGGCAAGGAGCUCGCCAAGGAGAUUGGCUGCGGCGAGGCCGCCCUCAAGAAGACCUUCGACGAGUACAACCUCAUCGCUGAGGGCAAGAAGAAGGACCCCUGGAACAAGCGUUUCUUCCACAACAUGCCCUUCAGCAUCGACGACACCUUCCACGUCGCUCUCAUGGAGCCCGUCCUCCACUUCACCAUGGGUGGUAUCGAGAUCAACGAGCACGCCCAGGUCCUCAACUCUGAGAAGAAGCCCUUUGACGGCCUCUAUGCUUGCGGUGAGCUGGCUGGUGGUGUCCACGGUGCUAACCGUCUGGGUGGUUCGUCCCUGCUGGGCUGCGUUGUGUACGGUCGCGUGGCCGGUGACAGCGCCAGCCAGCAUCUCUUCCAGAAGUUGAUCUCUGGCGGUGCCUCCUCCGCUCAGCAGCGUCUGGGCCAGAUCUCUCUGCACAUCGACCCCGCCACUCCCGGUAAGAUCUCCGUGGAGUGGAACGGUGCGGCUGCUGGUGGCAGUGCCCCCCAGGUUGCCGCGGCUGCUCCCACUGCUGCCGCUGCCGCUGCCCCCGCCGAAGCCGCCCCGGCUGCCUCGGGCCCCAAGAAGUUCGAGAUCCCCGAGACCGAGUACUCGAUGGAGGAAGUCGCCAAGCACAACAAGAAGGAUGAUCUCUGGAUCGUCGUCAAGGGUGUCGUCUUGGAUGUGACCAACUGGCUGGAUGAGCACCCUGGUGGUGCCAACGCCCUGUUCAACUUCAUGGGCCGUGAUGCUACGGAAGAAUUCGAGAUGCUUCACGACGAUGAGGUCAUCCCCAAGUAUGCUUCCCACAUUGUCAUCGGCCGGGUCAAGGGCCAGAAGCCCACCCUAGAGAUCUAG